AUGCUGCGAUCUGCUUGGAAUCCGUGGGCAAUGAAUCUGAUGAGCGAUUGGAACCGCACGAAUUCAUUGAUGAACCAAUCGUCUCAACCGUCGAUCGAUGACAUGUUCAUGCCGAUGGAUUACUGGAGUCCGAUGUGGAAUAGGGCUCUCACCGAAGAUGGAGAAGUCAUUUUGGAUGUGAAACAGUUCAAGCCGGAGGAAGUGAAUGUCAAAACCCUAGAUAAGUUCGUCGUGAUCGAAGGAAACCACGAGGAGAAGGAAGAUGAGCACGGUUCAUCCAUCGAGCGCCAUUUUGUCCGUAAAUAUCUGCUUCCCGAAGGUGUCAAGCCGGAAUCCGUGAGCUGCUCCUUGUCUUCGGAUGGAGUUCUUUCUAUUUCUGCGCCGAAGCAAGCAGCGCUGGAGGCGAAAUCCGAGGAAAGAAAAGUGGAAAUUCAACGAUCUGACAAGCCGGCCCUGAAGGAAAAGUAA